AUGACACCUCCGACCCACGCUACUAUUGAUGCCAAUCUGACCAAUCCAGCUCUCUCCUCUGUCGCAAAGCCUCCGUUGCAAAACAAGGUGGGGGAAUCAAACCAGUUGCUCUCUGAAGAUGCGCCCCUGUUGGAUUCUAUUGUCGCAGCCUCCGCUGAUGUUGUGGUAAACCCUUCUAAAGCAGCAAACCCAAUCACCGAAUCUAUUGCUGAUCAAACUCUUGCUGUUGCAACACUCCCCAAUCACCGAAUCGAUACUGCGAAGCGACGCGAUCUCCAAGUACAAAUUAGCGCGUCUGCCGCAAACAAACCCCCUGCGACAACCCUAGAAGGAUCUACUUCGGGAUUGACGGUCGCGGAUAAGAUUGGUAUUCCAAUUGACAUUCAUGCUAGCCCGCCGCUCCCCAUGAUCUCUGAACAGUUGGAGGUAAAAGAAAUUCCUGAUGAAGUCGCUGUUGAAAAAGAAAUCUCUGCGUUCCCAACAACGAAAAAUAAUUCGAAGAUUCUAGAUCAACAAAAUUCUGCUAAUCAGCGUGUCUCCACCGACGAUAUAGACACUCAGCCUUCCGGUUCGAUUGUUGCUACCAGUACCGGAGUCAACUCCUCAUCGCCGGAGUCAAAAAACGUUGAGCAAUCGGAGGAAAAUUGCCUGAUUUUGCGGCCGCUAUCAACGCAACAAAAUCCCCCAGCUGUUGACCCGUCUUCUUUGAAUUUGAAUGAAGAUAAGUCUCAAUCAAGUCCCGUAUAUAAGAAAGGAAUAUCUUCCUCAGUAACCCCAGUCAUAAGUUAA